AUGUUAUUUAUUUUAUUUAUACUUAUACAAAAUUUAAUUAUAAAAUUCACAUUCAAUACAAUUUCAAUAAAUAAUAGUAAAUUGAUUAAUAAUGAAAAAAACAGUAAUAGUCAAAAGAUUACAUUAAAAAAACAAGAAACUAUGAAUAAUGGUAUCAAUAUUGAUCAUAAUGAUGAUAAUGUUAAUAAUAAUGAUCGUAAUAUUAUUACUUUAAUUGAUGGAAAACGUUUAACUGGUAUGAAAUUGCAUCUACCAUUGUCUAGUUUAAAUCCAGUAAUUGCUUAUUAUGGUGUAAGAUAUGCAUCAUUAGGUGUUCAGCAUAAUAAUAAUAAUAAUAAUAAUAACCAAUUAUCUAGAAUGGCUACUAUUAUGAAUCAUAGUGAUAAUUUUAAAUAUAAUAAUAAUCAUGACAAUAUGAAAAUGCCUGCAUUACACCGUUUCAGUCAUUCAGUUGCAUCAUUUUUCUAUGAAUCACCAAUGGGUGUUUAUUCACAUAGUAUACUUCCACCAGUAUGUCCACAACCAUUAAUGCAUAUUCAUCUAGAAGAUAAGAAUAUACCAAAACAAGUGAAAGAUCGAUUGAUUCGUUUAUUACCAUUUUUAAGAGAUCAAGAUGAAGAUUGUUUAACAUUAAAUAUUUAUGUACCGCAACAACACAAAACACGAAAACCCUAUAAGCGACCAAUAUUUUUAUUUGUUCACGGUGAAUCAUAUGAAUAUGGAAGUGGUAAUGCAUAUGAUCUGUCAGUAUUGGCUAGUUAUAGUGAUACAAUUGGUAUUACAUUAAAUUAUCGAUUAGGGUUAUUAGGUUUUCUUUUCACAAACAAUCAUGGUAUCAGUGGAAAUUAUGCACUUUAUGAUUUACAUGCUGCUAUUAUGUGGAUUAAAACAAAUAUUGAUAGUUUCAAUGGUAAUUCAAAUGAAAUCACAUUAAUUGGUUAUGGUCAUGGAGCUGCUUUAAUACAUUUAUUUUCUUUAUCAAAAAUGUCUCAAGGUACAACUAGAACUGGAAUCAAACGUAUUAUACUAUUAAAUGGAUCCGGUUUUGCACCAUGGUCAACAUCACAUCAAACAUCAUCAAUUUUAAUUAAAUUAUUAAAAUAUUUAAACAUAACAAAACAAAACUUAAAAAAUAAUACAUUUUUAUUAAAUAAAAAUAAUCAUGAUCAACAUGAUAAUAUUGAUUAUUUAAACAGAAAAAAAUCACUUUUUUCACAAACUAACCAAUUGAAUUCAUUAGAAGCAUAUAAUGAUUCAUUACAUAAUAUUGAUUUAUUGAUUACAAACAAUAUUGUUAAUAAAACCAAUACUAAUAUAACUUUAAAAUUAUUAAAAUAUUUAUUUAUGACAUUAAAAAAUUCCACUAUUGAUUUUUUAAUAAAUUUACAAGAGAAAUUAACUCAAUCCUUUAUAAUAACAUAUUUAGGACCUGUAUUAUCGAAAAAUUUAUUUCCAAGUUAUUUAAUCGAUAGUAGUUCAAUUAAACAAAGACAAUAUGAUCAGGAUUAUCGUAAACAACAACAACAACAACAACACAACAACAACAACAACAGUGAAACUCAUAGUAUAGAGAAAAGUUUGUUUAUGAAUACAGAUUUAUUGAUUGGAUGGACUGAAGCACCAGCAUCUAAUUUAUAUUAUUCACAUAAUAAUAUACAUAAAAUGCCUUAUAGUUUAUUAGUACGAAAAUUGGUAAAUGAAAUGUAUCCUUAUAAUCAAGAUGUAAUCAAAGAAAUUAUUGAAUAUACUUAUUGUAAUUCUGAUAUAUUUCAUUUUAAUGAUAAUAAGUAUGAUGAAUAUAUUGGGAAUUCAGAAAAACAAUUUAAGGAGGUUGAUUGUCAUUGGAAAAUUUUAGACGUAUUAUCGGAUGGAUUAUACCUUGUACCAAUUUUACAAACACUGAAAAUGCAUAGUGAUUUCCACACAGGUCAAGGAAUUGCCAACGGAAUGCAAAAUCCUUCCUUGUCAUCAUCAUUGCCUACAUUAUUAUUCACAACUGGUGCACCAACAAUAACUGGUUCGGAUGAACAAAUUAACAAUUAUGGUAAACAAAAGAAGUCAACUUAUGCAUUAUUCUUUAAUUACAAAACAAGUCAACAAAUAACAAAGCAUAGAAAUGCUACUAGAAAACAAUUACAAAUGGGAAAAAUUGGUUUUGCUGAUGACUUACCGUAUCUCUUUGGUGCACCAUUUAUUAGUCCAAAUCAAUUAGAACCAUUCUCUAAUGAAUAUACAGAUAUGGAUAAAAAAGUUUCUGUCAAUUUAAUGAAUUAUUUGGCAAAUUUUAUGCAUAACGGUGACCCAAACAAAGAAUUUAUGCGACAUCAAACUAAAAAAAUACCAGUUUAUUGGCCAGAAUACACUUAUGAUUCCAGACUUUAUUUACAUGUUGGUGAUGAAUCAAGAAGUAAACAAUCUUUUCAUCAAACCAAAGACCAUAUACGUAAUUUAUGGGGAAAUAAAGAAAAUGAACAUUUCACAAUGAAACAACUCUAUGAAACUGAUAAACAUAAAUUAUGGUCUACACUAUUUCCACGUUUAACAUUGAUGGAUAGAAAAACGAAAGGGUUCAGUAUAUUCAAUAGGAAUGAAGAUAAUAUUGAAAAACACCCUUAUCAACAAACAUUGUUCAAUAAAUACUUUUAUUUUCUUCAGUUAAGAGAAACAGAUUGGUUAAAUGAAGAAGUCGACAAAAUGAAAACUAAUUCAAAGCUAUCUCGAAACUAUAACCACAAUGUAGAAAAUUUGUUGAAUCUUGUGGAGAAUAAGAGAUUCCAUGAAACAAAACAUAGUGUCAUUUCAAAUGUAUCAUAUUCUGGGAAUUUCAGUCAACUACCAUUAUACAAAGAAAAUGAUAUUGACCAGAAUUCAAAUAUAAUAACAGAAGUACCAUUUGAAAAGAAUGAAUUAAUAAUGAAUUCCAAUUUAUCAGACAAAUCACAAUCAAUUGAUGAAACUGACACAGUGAUUCAAUCUUAUUCACAAUCAUUAACUACUUCAGGGCAGUUAUCUUAUUCUCAUUCAACUUUAAUCUGGAUUAUAUUAAUGGGAUCAAUAUUGUUUUUACUCAACACAUUAAUAUUUAUAGCAAUAUAUUAUCAAACACAUCAAUUACGAAAAAACAGCAUAUAUCAACAAUCUAAAUCGAAUAUAAAAACAUCUUCAAUCACUAAAGGAACAAAACAAAUGCUGAGGAUCAAACGAGAACGUGUAUUGAAUUCCAGUUCAUUAAAUAAAAAUGAAUCUUGGCAAAUAGAUGAUAAAGAUGGUAAAAUAAUUACACAUGCAGAUGUAAGCAAUAGUUUAUAUGGUGUAAAUAUAUCUUCAUCAAUCGCAACGUCAUUAGCGCCAGACUGUUACGCAUUAAAAGAUUUAUCUUAUUCAUUACACCAACCGCAACAACUUGGAUUUACUACUUGUCGUAAUAAAAUUAAUCCUGCACUGCAUGAAAUACCAACAGUUACAAUGAACCUUUACAAUACUACUGAUAAUAAAAGUAGCAUUAGUAAGAGUUAUGACAAACAUUUUGUGAAUUUAUGGGAUAUGGACUCACCAACGGUUAUUGGACAAACAACAAACUCACUUGAAACAAAAUAUUCAAUUCAAUAUUCUCAUUAGGGAUAGAAUCGGGAUAUACAAUCAAAAGCACAUUGAGAGAAUAAAAAACUUAAUUGGAGAUUAUUCGGUUCUACGACAAUGAUAAUAACAAUAAUAAGACAAUAAAAGCUUAACUUCUUAUCAGUUGUUUCUGAAAAACUAUACUGCAUUCUAACUGUUUGCUGAAUUCAUAUUCAUAUAAAUUUAC